AAUCUAGGCUAAUUGUUUCGUAUAUCUAGCACAAGCUUUUAAAAAAUUGUUUCGUAAAACAAACGAAAUGCGUCGCCAUUUUGUUGUCUACACAUUACGAUUUUAGAAACACGAGUUGUUUUGCAAUAGAAAAAUAGAUUAAACAACAGAGAAAGGCGUUUUUAAAAGCCAUCUAGAAUGGCUUUCCCCUAUACAGUUAUUGGGCCAGGAGGCCAGCCCUAUAUACUGAGUCAGAUCCCAAUAAUGCAGACCCCCAUUCAGCCUCAGUUGAUACCUUCACACUUAGUGCAACAGCAGGUUCAGCAACAAGUACAACAGCAGCAGCAGCAGCAACAACAACAAGGUCAAAAACAACAGCAACAGAAGCCUCCUGAUUACAUGUCUGAAGAUAAAUUACAAGACAAAGCAAGAAAAUGGCAACAGUUGCAGUCUAAAAGAUAUGCAGAGAAAAGAAAAUUUGGAUUUGUUGAUGCACAGAAGGAAGACAUGCCUCCUGAGCAUGUGAGGAAAAUUAUCAGAGACCAUGGAGAUAUGACUAAUAGAAAAUUUCGUCAUGACAAAAGGGUUUAUCUUGGAGCACUCAAAUAUAUGCCACAUGCAGUUCUCAAACUGUUGGAAAAUAUGCCCAUGCCAUGGGAACAAAUCAGAGAUGUCAAAGUUCUUUACCACAUCACUGGAGCUAUAACUUUUGUCAAUGAGAUUCCUUGGGUUAUUGAACCUGUCUACAUUUCACAAUGGGGGUCUAUGUGGAUUUUGCUUCGCCGUGAAAAAAGAGAUCGCAGACAUUUCAAAAGAAUGAGGUUUCCACCAUUCGAUGAUGAGGAGCCGCCUCUUGACUAUGCUGAUAACAUCAUGGAAGUGGAGCCAUUGGAACCAAUACAGAUGGAGUUGGACCCAGAGGAAGACAAGGCAGUCAUGGACUGGUAUUAUGAUCACAAACCUUUGAUUGAUACAAAACAUGUGAAUGGAACAACAUAUCGUAGAUGGAACCUCACAUUGCCAAUCAUGUCUGUUCUUUACCGUAUGGCCAACCAGCUACUCACUGACUUAGUGGACAACAACUACUUUUAUCUGUUUGACCUCAAGUCAUUUUUCACAGCUAAAGCCCUGAAUCUGGCCAUACCUGGAGGUCCAAAGUUUGAACCAUUGGUCAAGGACAAAGAGCUACAAGAUGAAGACUGGAAUGAGUUUAAUGACAUCAACAAAAUCAUCAUCAGACAACCUAUCAGGACUGAAUACCGCAUUGCUUUCCCUUAUUUGUAUAACAACAUCCCAUUUCAAGUUCAUCUCUCAUGGUAUCAUGAACCAAAUGUGGUAUUCAUUAAAACAGAAGAUCCUGACCUUCCAGCUUUCUAUUUUGAUCCAUUGAUCAAUCCUAUUUCUCACAGACAAGCUACAAAGGUUCCUGAGCCACUGCCAGAAGAUGAUGAGGAGUUUGAACUGCCAGAGUUUGUGCAGCCAUUCCUUCAGGACACACCCCUUUACACUGACAACACAGCCAAUGGCAUUGCCUUGUUGUGGGCACCCAGGCCAUUCAAUUUGAGAUCUGGACGCACUAGGAGGGCCAUUGAUGUUCCUUUGGUCAAGUCCUGGUAUAGAGAGCACUGCCCAGCAGGCAUGCCAGUCAAAGUAAGAGUUUCUUACCAAAAGCUGCUUAAGUACUAUGUGCUGAAUGCUUUGAAGCACAGGCCACCGAAAGCACAGAAAAAGAGAUAUUUAUUUAGAUCUUUCAAAGCAACCAAGUUUUUCCAGACUACACAGUUGGAUUGGCUAGAAGUGGGCCUGCAAGUUUGUAGACAAGGGUACAACAUGUUGAACUUGCUCAUUCAUCGCAAGAAUCUAAACUACUUGCAUUUGGAUUACAAUUUCAAUCUCAAGCCAGUGAAAACUUUGACCACCAAGGAGCGUAAAAAAUCAAGGUUUGGCAAUGCCUUCCACUUGUGUCGUGAAAUUCUGCGUCUUUCCAAGCUUAUUAUUGACAGCCAUGUUCAGUAUCGCCUUGGCAAUGUGGAUGCUUAUCAGCUAGCAGAUGGUUUACAGUAUGUGUUUGCUCAUGUGGGUCAACUAACUGGCAUGUACAGGUACAAGUACAAACUGAUGAGACAGAUCAGGAUGUGUAAAGAUCUCAAACAUCUGAUUUAUUACAGAUUCAAUACAGGUCCAGUUGGUAAAGGUCCAGGGUGUGGUUUCUGGGCACCAGGCUGGAGAGUCUGGAUGUUUUUCAUGAGAGGCAUAACGCCCUUACUUGAACGCUGGCUGGGCAAUCUUCUGUCUCGCCAGUUUGAAGGUCGACACAGCAAAGGUGUUGCAAAAACUGUUACUAAGCAAAGAGUUGAAAGUCACUUUGAUCUUGAGUUAAGAGCUGCUGUUAUGCAUGACAUUCUUGACAUGAUGCCAGAAGGAAUCAAACAGAACAAAGCAAGAACAAUUCUGCAGCACUUGUCAGAAGCUUGGAGAUGCUGGAAAGCAAAUAUUCCUUGGAAGGUACCUGGACUUCCAACUCCAAUUGAAAAUAUGAUUCUGCGUUAUGUGAAAGCCAAAGCUGAUUGGUGGACUAACACAGCUCAUUACAACAGGGAGAGAAUCAGGAGAGGGGCCACUGUUGACAAAACUGUGUGCAAGAAAAACCUGGGAAGGUUAACUAGACUCUAUCUCAAGGCUGAGCAAGAAAGACAACACAAUUACCUGAAAGAUGGUCCAUACAUUACUGCAGAAGAAGCCGUUGCUAUUUACACUACUAUGGUUCAUUGGUUGGAAAGUCGAAGGUUUUCACCUAUACCUUUCCCACCCCUGUCAUACAAACAUGACACCAAACUACUCAUCUUGGCUCUUGAAAGGUUGAAAGAGGCUUACAGCGUUAAAAGUCGUCUGAAUCAGUCACAGAGAGAAGAGCUAGGUCUCAUUGAACAGGCAUUUGACAAUCCUCAUGAGGCUUUGUCCAGAAUUAAACGUCACCUCCUGACACAAAGAGCUUUCAAAGAGGUUGGAAUUGAGUUCAUGGACUUGUACAGCCAUCUCAUACCAGUUUAUGAUGUGGAGCCACUUGAGAAAAUUACAGAUGCCUACCUUGAUCAGUACCUCUGGUAUGAGGCUGAUAAAAGGAGAUUGUUCCCACCAUGGAUUAAACCUUCAGACUCAGAACCUCCACCAUUGCUGACAUACAAGUGGUGUCAGGGUAUUAACAACUUGCAAGAUGUUUGGGAGACAAGUGAAGGUGAAUGUAAUGUGAUGAUGGAGUCCAGCUUUGAGAAAAUGUAUGAAAAGAUUGAUUUGACUUUGCUGAACAGAUUGCUGCGUCUGAUUGUUGACCACAACAUUGCUGACUACAUGACUGCCAAGAACAAUGUUGUCAUCAAUUACAAAGAUAUGAACCAUACCAAUUCCUAUGGUAUAAUCAGAGGUUUGCAGUUUGCAUCUUUCAUUGUUCAGUACUAUGGAUUAGUUUUAGACCUGUUAGUCUUGGGUCUUCACAGAGCGAGUGAAAUGGCUGGUCCUCCACAGUUGCCAAAUGACUUCCUCACAUUCCAGAAUGUUGUUACAGAGCAAGCUCAUCCCAUUCGAUUGUACUCUCGCUACAUUGACAGGAUACACAUUUUCUUCAGGUUUACAGCAGAGGAGGCUCGGGAUCUGAUUCAGCGUUACCUUACAGAGCAUCCAGAUCCCAACAAUGAAAACAUUGUGGGCUACAACAACAAAAAGUGCUGGCCAAGAGACUCUCGUAUGAGGCUUAUGAAACAUGAUGUUAACUUGGGAAGAGCCGUAUUCUGGGAUAUCAAGAAUCGUCUGCCAAGAUCAGUGACAACAAUCCAGUGGGACUCGAGCUUUGUUUCAGUUUACAGUAAAGACAACCCCAACCUUUUGUUCAACAUGUGUGGCUUUGAAUGUCGCAUAUUGCCUAAGUGUAGAACUCAGCAUGAAGAAUUCAAUCACAGGGACGGUGUUUGGAAUUUACAGAAUGAGGUGACCAAAGAAAGAACUGCACAAUGUUUCCUCAGAGUAGAUGAAGACUCCAUGGGUAAAUUUCACAACAGAGUCAGGCAGAUUCUUAUGGCUUCAGGCUCGACCACUUUCACCAAGAUUGUUAACAAGUGGAACACAGCAUUGAUUGGAUUGAUGACUUACUUCAGAGAGGCUGUAGUCAACACCCAGGAGUUGCUUGAUCUUUUAGUCAAAUGUGAAAACAAAAUACAGACUCGUAUCAAAAUUGGUCUGAACUCUAAAAUGCCUAGCAGGUUCCCUCCAGUAGUGUUUUACACACCCAAAGAACUGGGAGGCUUGGGGAUGUUGUCCAUGGGCCAUGUUUUGAUCCCACAGUCUGACUUGAGAUGGUCAAAGCAAACUGAUGUUGGCAUCACCCACUUCUUGUCAGGAAUGUCUCAUGAUGAAGACCAACUGAUCCCUAAUUUGUACAGAUACAUCAUGCCUUGGGAGAGUGAGUUCAUUGAUUCACAAAGAGUCUGGGCAGAGUAUGCUCUAAAGAGACAUGAAGCCAAUGCACAGAAUCGCAGAUUGACUCUGGAAGACCUGGAAGACAGUUGGGAUAGAGGCAUCCCUCGUAUCAAUACACUCUUCCAGAAAGACAAACAGACUUUAGCAUAUGACAAAGGUUGGAGAGUUAGAACAGAUUUCAAGCAGUAUCAGGUUUUGAAGCAGAAUCCUUUCUGGUGGACACAUCAGCGCCAUGAUGGUAAACUCUGGAACUUGAAUAACUACAGAACUGACAUGAUUCAAGCUUUGGGUGGUGUAGAAGGCAUUUUGGAACACACUUUGUUCAAGGGCACCUAUUUCCCUACUUGGGAAGGUCUCUUCUGGGAACGAGCAAGUGGUUUUGAAGAAUCCAUGAAAUACAAAAAGUUGACCAAUGCCCAGAGAUCAGGUCUGAAUCAGAUUCCUAAUCGACGUUUCACACUCUGGUGGUCACCAACUAUAAACAGAGCCAAUGUGUACGUAGGUUUCCAGGUGCAGCUUGAUCUGACAGGUAUCUUUAUGCAUGGUAAAAUCCCAACUUUGAAAAUCUCACUGAUCCAGAUCUUUAGGGCUCACUUGUGGCAGAAAAUUCAUGAGAGCAUUGUUAUGGAUUUAUGUCAGGUAUUUGACCAAGAGUUGGAUGCCUUAGAAAUAGAAACAGUGCAGAAAGAAACCAUUCACCCCCGCAAGUCAUAUAAGAUGAACAGUUCCUGUGCAGACAUUCAACUGUUUGCUGCUUACAAAUGGAAUGUUGCCAAACCAUCUCUUUUGGCAGACACCAAGGAUGUCAUGGAUGGCACAACAACACAGAAGUACUGGAUUGAUGUCCAGCUCAGGUGGGGUGACUAUGACUCCCAUGAUGUGGAAAGAUAUGCCAGGGCCAAGUUCUUGGACUACACAACAGAUAACAUGAGUAUUUAUCCAUCUCCCACUGGUCUGUUGAUUGCUGUGGACUUAGCUUACAAUUUGCACAGUGCCUAUGGAAACUGGUUCCCUGGUGCAAAACCACUGAUUCAGCAAGCAAUGGCUAAGAUCAUGAAAGCCAACCCUGCAUUGUAUGUAUUGAGAGAGAGAAUUCGCAAAGGUCUGCAGCUUUAUUCCUCAGAACCAACUGAGCCUUAUUUGAGUUCCCAGAACUAUGGAGAGCUUUUCUCUAAUCAGAUCAUCUGGUUUGUUGAUGACACUAAUGUCUACAGAGUCACCAUUCACAAAACUUUUGAAGGUAACUUGACCACCAAGCCUAUCAAUGGUGCCAUCUUCAUUUUCAACCCACGUACUGGUCAGCUGUUUUUAAAAAUCAUCCACACCUCUGUGUGGGCUGGACAAAAGCGUUUGGGUCAGCUUGCCAAAUGGAAAACUGCUGAAGAGGUGGCAGCUUUGAUCAGGUCACUGCCUGUUGAAGAACAGCCUAAACAAAUUAUUGUCACUCGUAAAGGCAUGUUGGAUCCUCUUGAAGUUCACUUGCUUGAUUUUCCAAACAUUGUGAUCAAAGGCAGUGAGCUUCAGCUCCCCUUCCAGGCUUGUUUGAAAGUAGAAAAGUUUGGUGACCUGAUUCUGAAGGCUACUGAACCACAGAUGGUGCUCUUCAACUUGUAUGAUGACUGGCUGAAGACUAUCUCUUCCUACACAGCCUUCUCUCGUCUCAUUUUGAUACUUCGUGCCCUUCAUGUCAACAAUGACAAAACCAAGAUUCUGUUAAAGCCUGACAAGACCACCAUCACUGAACCACAUCACAUUUGGCCAACAUUGUCUGAUGAAGAAUGGAUGAAAAUUGAAGUCCAGCUGAAAGACCUUAUACUUGCUGAUUAUGGCAAGAAAAACAACGUCAAUGUGAGCUCUUUGACUCAGUCGGAAACCCGUGAUAUUAUUCUUGGCAUGGAGAUUUCAGCGCCAAGUGCUCAGAGACAACAGAUUGCUGAGAUUGAGAAGCAGACAAAAGAGCAAUCCCAGCUGACAGCCACCACCACUAGGACAGUCAACAAGCAUGGUGAUGAGAUCAUUACCACCACAACAUCCAACCAUGAAACUGCCACUUUCUCCUCCAAGACUGAGUGGCGUGUGCGUGCCAUAUCAGCGACCAACCUUCACCUGCGUACCAAUCACAUUUAUGUUAGCUCUGACGACAUCAAGGAAACUGGCUACACUUACAUUUUGCCCAAGAAUGUCCUGAAAAAGUUUAUCAUCAUUUCUGAUCUCAGAGCUCAGAUUGCAGGUUAUUUGUAUGGAGUCAGUCCCCCUGAUAAUCCCCAAGUUAAAGAGAUCAGAUGUAUUGUCAUGCCACCACAGUGGGGUACUCAUCAGACAGUUCACUUACCCAACUUACUGCCAACUCAUGAAUAUCUGAAUGAAAUGGAACCCUUGGGCUGGAUACACACUCAACCCAAUGAAUUGCCACAGCUUGCACCUCAGGAUAUUACCACACAUGCUAAAGUUAUGGCUGACAAUCCCUCCUGGGAUGCAGAAAAAACUGUAGUUAUUACAUGCAGCUUCACACCAGGUUCUUGUUCAUUGACUGCUUACAAACUGACCCCCAGUGGCUUUGAAUGGGGCAGACAAAACAAGGACACAGGCAACAAUCCCAAAGGCUACCUUCCCUCUCAUUACGAACGUGUUCAAAUGUUGCUUUCUGACAGGUUCCUUGGGUUUUUCAUGGUGCCCCACCAGAACUCCUGGAACUACAAUUUCAUGGGUGUGCGUCAUGACCCUAACAUGAAGUAUGAACUUCAGCUGUCUAAUCCAAAAGAGUUCUACCAUGAGAUCCAUAGGCCAUCACAUUUCUUGUUUUUCAGUCAGAUGGAGGAGCAUGAACAGGCUGGCGCUGAUAGAGAAGACUUGUAUGCUUAGUUUAUGUACUUGCUGAAUGAACUGAAGCUUAUUAUAAAUUUUGUCAUAUGCUUGUGAUGUCUAAAACCAAGCACUCAUUCUUGAAACAUAGAGCCUGAAUACAGUUAGUAUUGAUACAGUUCCAGUUCCUGGAAAUUCUAUUCUGAGAAUUGAUACAUUGUAGCAGUUGUAGUUUAAUAUCUAUUACAUUUCCUUGUAUGAUGACAUGUUUUUCUUUUUUAUAUUUACAUAUUUUAGUAAUAAUAAAAUAAAAUAAA